GCGCGUAUUUCCAGCUGAUACUGUUUGUUUACCCUCGAAGUCAGCAUUCCCGUGAAUUCUAUAUACUUUCCCAGUUCUUAGCAUGUAAAAUGGUGCUUCAAAACUCUGGGAGGUUUCGAUCUGACAAGUUCGAAAAGAACAAGGAUGGAGAUGCCAGUGGACAAGAUGAGGGAUCUGACAGACGUCUGCAGCAGAGUUUGGAAAAUGAUGCUAGUGAUGCCAAAUUUGGCUUCAGCCGUUACAAGGAGCCACAGGAGAGGGUGGGAUGGCUCCUCAACAUGCACCCUACAGAAAUUCUUAAUGAAGACAAGCGACUUGUGAGUGCUGUUGACUACUACUUUAUCCAAGAAGAUGGAUCCAGAUUUAAGGUGUCUCUACCAUAUCGUCCUUAUUUCUUUGUCAUGACAAAGAAAGAAGUUAUACAAGAUGUGACUACUUUUUUGAGUAAAAAGUUCUCAGGACAAUUAGCCAGUGUUGAAGUUGUCAGGAAAGAAGAUUUGGAUUUAGAUAACCAUCUUACUGGCUUGAAGCAGACAUUACUGAAGCUGUCUUUUAUGACUGUCAAUGACUUGAUCAAGGUACGGCAAUCAAUUCAGUCAGCUGUUAAAAGGAGCAAAGAAGCAGCCAAGUCAAAGACAGUUUACUCAGAGAUGUUUUCUGCUCAGUUUGUUGGAGAGUCAAGUGAAACUAACAGGCGCAUGCAGGACCACAUGGAAAAUCUACUUGAUAUGAGAGAAUAUGAUGUCCCUUACCAUGUUCGAGUUUCAAUCGAUUGUAAAAUUUUUGUUGGCUUGUGGUACUCCGUCCGAGGUGGUGGAACGGGAUCGCCAAUUAUUAGCCGACGGGAAGACCUGUUGGUGUGGCCGGAUUGUAUUGUCUUGGCUUACGAUAUUGAAACUACCAAGUUGCCACUUAAGUUUCCUGAUGCAAAUACUGACCAGAUUAUGAUGAUAUCUUACAUGAUUGAUGGCCAGGGUUACCUCAUAACUAACCGAGAGAUUGUCAGUGAAGAUGUUGAAGAUUUUGAAUACACCCCUCGACCAGAGUUUGAAGGACCCUUCAUGGUUUUCAAUGAAGCUAAUGAAAUGGCGCUCAUUCAAAGAUUCUUUGAUCACAUCUUAGAGGUGAAACCUCAUAUCUUUGUCACAUACAAUGGAGACUUUUUUGAUUGGCCAUUUGUGGAGGCACGUGCAGCAUUCCACAAUUUAGACAUGUUCCGUGAGAUUGGCUUCUCCAAAAAUCGGGAAGGAGUGUACUUCUCUCGUCCCUGCAUUCACAUGGACUGCUUGUGUUGGGUGAAGCGAGAUUCUUACCUACCUGUAGGAUCACAGAAUUUGAAGGCUGUGGCCAAAGCCAAGUUGCGAUAUGAUCCUGUGGAGCUUGACCCAGAAGAUAUGUGCCCUCUUGCAGCAGAACAGCCGCAGAUCUUGGCGAAUUAUUCGGUAUCAGAUGCUGUGGCCACAUAUUACCUGUAUAUGAAAUACGUCCACCCAUUCAUCCUUGCUCUCUGCACUAUUAUUCCCAUGGAACCAGAUGAGGUGCUACGCAAGGGAUCAGGCACGCUGUGUGAGGCUCUGUUGAUGGUAGAAGCUUAUCAUGUUAACAUUGUGUACCCAAAUAAACAAGUGUCCCAAUAUAACAAGCUUACUUCUGAUGGUCGUGUUUUAGAUCAAGAGACCUAUGUUGGAGGACACGUAGAAGCUAUAGAAUCGGGAGUAUUUCGUGCAGAUAUUCCUUGUAGAUUUAGGAUGGUUCCAGAAGCCUUCCAAAAGUUGUUGGACAAUGUGGACCGCACAAUUAAGUUUUGUGUUGAAGUAGAAGAAGGUAUCCCAUUAGAACAGGUGACAAAUUAUUCUGAAGUGGUGGAUGAUAUUAAGAAGAAACUAGUGGAUUUACGGGAUACCCCUUGCCGGUUAGAAAAUCCCCUGAUUUACCAUCUUGAUGUUGGAGCUAUGUAUCCAAAUAUCAUUCUCACCAAUCGACUUCAACCAUCAGCUAUGGUUGAUGAAACUGUGUGUGCUGCCUGUGACUUCAACAAACCAGGUGCAACAUGUCAACGCAAGAUGUCUUGGAUCUGGCGAGGUGAUGUCAUACCGGCAUCUCGUAGUGAAUUUCAGAGGAUUCAGCAGCAGUUAGAAACUGAGCGUUUUCCUCCUGCUUUUCCUGGCAUGAAACACAGAGCUUUCCAUGAGCUUAACAAAGAGGAUCAAGCUACUGCUGAAAAGAAGCGUCUCCAAGAGUACUGUCGUAAAGCCUAUAAGAAAAUUAAGGAAACAAGAACUGAGGAGCGUUGGCAGACCAUAUGUCAGCGGGAAAACAGCUUUUAUGUCAACACUGUGAGAUCUUUCCGAGAUCGCCGAUAUGAAUACAAAGGCCUUCUGAAAGUGGCUAAAAAAGAGUUAACAGAGGCACAAUCAAAGGGGGAUCCUUCAGAAAUCAAGGCAGCGAAUGCUCGAGCUGUGUUAUAUGACUCCCUACAGCUUGCUCAUAAGUGUAUUCUCAACUCAUUCUAUGGUUAUGUCAUGAGAAAAGGAUCUCGUUGGCACUCCAUGGAGAUGGCUGGUAUUGUCUGCUAUACUGGAGCCACUAUCAUCACCCGAUCUAGGGAAAUUGUUGAGCAGAUUGGUCGUCCAUUGGAGUUAGACACUGAUGGCAUUUGGUGCAUCCUCCCGUCUUCGUUUCCAGAGAACUAUGUCAUCAAAACCAAUAAUCCUAAGAAGGCUAAAGUAACCAUAUCUUUUCCAGGAGCUAUUCUUAAUGUUAUGGUGAAAGAUCAUUAUACAAAUCACCAAUAUCAUGACCUUGUGAAUCCAGAAAAGUUGGAGUACUCUGUACGAUCAGAAAACUCUAUUUUCUUUGAGGUGGAUGGCCCAUAUCAGGCAAUGAUACUCCCAGCAUCUAAGGAAGAAGGCAAGAAACUAAAGAAACGUUAUGCUGUAUUCAAUUUUGAUGGCUCAUUGGCUGAACUUAAAGGAUUUGAAGUUAAGCGCCGUGGAGAAUUACAGCUGAUUAAGAUUUUCCAGUCAUCUGUUUUUGAAGCUUUCCUGAAGGGGGAUACUCUGGAAACAUGCUAUGCUAGUGUUGCUAAGGUUGCAGAUUAUUGGCUUGAUGUCUUGUACAGUAAAGCUGCCAAUAUGCCUGAUUCAGAAUUGUUCGACUUAAUCUCGGAGAAUCGGUCAAUGAGUCGCAAACUGGAGGAAUACGGAGACCAAAAGUCCAAGUCCAUUUCCACAGCCAAGCGACUUGCAGAGUUCUUAGGAGACCAGAUGGUGAAGGAUGCAGGUCUCAGUUGUAGGUUUAUUAUCUCAAAGAAACCUGAAGGUGCACCAGUUACUGAAAGGGCCAUUCCACUUGGCAUCUUUCAAGCAGAGCCAUCAGUGAAACAUCACUAUUUGCGCCGCUGGCUGAAGAAUCCUUCACUGACUAACUUUGAUAUCAGGAAUAUUCUUGAUUGGAAUUACUACAUAGAAAGAUUGUCAGGAACAGUAAUGAAAAUUAUUACCAUCCCUGCAGCCCUUCAGGGCAUUGCUAAUCCAGUGCCUAGAGUGGCUCAUCCUGAUUGGCUCCACAAGAAGGUACUUGAAAGGAAUGACACCUUCAAGCAGCGCCGCAUCACAGACAUGUUCACUGCUGCUCCAAAAACAAAACCUCAGAGACGGCUACAGACUGUGCAGGAGGAUCCUGAUCAGGAUCUCUUUGCAUCACAAGAUGCACCAGAUAUAGAAGAUGUUUUGGCACCACAGUCACAGAUUCCAAAAGCUCUGGGGCCAACUGUAACAAGUUCCAAACGCAAGAGAGCAUCAGACUUGAGUAAAGAAAGUGAUGACUUGACUAAAAGUUGGCGAGAUGUCCUGGGCAACCCUCCCAGCAUGGGUAACUCUAAGGAAGAAAUAAUGGCAUGGAUCACCUUUCAAAAAAAAAAGUGGGAGUUCCAGCGUUUACAGCGAGAAAAUCAGUCGAAAAGACAGCGAACAGGAAGCUACCCAACCAUUGGUAGAGUUAGUGGGAGGGGUGACACGGGAGUAGUUAGGUCAGGACCUGCCACCACACUUGGAGGAUUCCUCCGCAAAACACAGCGUACUCUGAUGGAUGUUCCCUGGCAGAUCAUUCAGCUUGCAGAAACAAACACACCAGGACUGUACAAACUGUGGGCGUUGGUAGGCAACGACCUUCAUCUCAUAAAGUUAAUUGUUCCCCGUGUGUUUUAUGUCAAUCAACGAGUGCCUAAACCAGAGACCGAGGCAGGUGGUGUAUGGCGCAAAGCAAACAAAACCCUUCCUCGCUCACACCCUGUCUACAACCUGUAUGAGUACACGGUUCCAGAAGAGGUGUUUCGGGAGCAUAGCAAUGAACUUAUGGCUGACCUCUCCACUCCCGAUAUUGAGGGAAUUUAUGAAACACAGGUUCCUCUGGAGUUUAGAGCAGUGGCUCAGCUAGGGUGUGUAUGCGUGGUUGAUAAAACAAUAGCUCGUUCUGAUACCGACACAUUUGAAUUAGGCCAACUUAAGUUUAAGACUGUGGCCCAGUUCCAAUAUUUAGAAGAAGGCAGCCUGUCUCAUGCAUAUAUUUAUCAUCAUCGAAGUGGCAACAAAGCCAUGUUUGGUAUCUUCUUCUACCAGAGUAAGAAGGUACACGUUUUUGUGUUAGAUACAGUACGAAGUAAUCAGAUGCCAAAUUUAAAUAAUCUCUAUAAUGCUGAGAGAAAUGCCAAAAUUGCCAAACAAUGUGAGGAAGCCCUGUUACCAGAAUCCAAUUUUGUAUUUGAGAUUAAAUUUGAAACUGAAUUAAGGCAAGUUUACCGCCAAAUUCAACGUGUUUUACAAGGGUACAAAGAUGAGAAGAGAGGGCCAACUUUUCUGGCCAUUCAGUCUCCACAUGACAUGCCCACCAUAACAGCUCUCAUGCCAGGUUUAGGAGAUUUUCCUCAAGUGCCUAUCCAUAUCGCUGAUGUUGAUACAUUAUAUAAUGUCCUUGACUGGCAACGGGUGGGUGCUAGGACAAUGAUACGACAUUUCAUUGGACUGAAACAAUUAUUACAUACUGCAAUGGAGCAGAGUCGAUAUUUCCAUGUGCCUGUUGGAAACUUGCCUCGUGACGCCACUGCUUUUGGUGCCGACCUGUUCUAUGUGAGGCACUUACAGAAACACAAUGCUGUCAUGUGGUGCUCGCCAGGUGCGAGACCUGACUUGGGUGGGCAUGAGCAUGACGACAAUCGCCUGGUAGCAGAGCUAGAAGAAACUGUGUCUGCUGCUCAGAUAAACAGUCCUGGUUGUUACUCAACAGUUUGUGUAGAGCUGGAUUUGGAUGCAUUAGCAGUGACUACACUCUUACAGGCACAUCACAUUAAUGAAAUGGAAGGAACAAGUAGCAGUGUGGCCUUUGAUGCUGCACCUCAAGCUUCUUUGCAAGACAUGAUGGGUGGGGCUGAAUCCUCUCUCACAGCUUAUGAUGAAACUGCCCGUUGUGCUCCAGCAUUCAGGAUUCUCCGGCAGAUGGUAGCUGCUUGGCUUCGUGACGUUUCCAUCUACCAAAAUGUAUUUGCCGACUUCCAGAUAAUACACUUCUACCGAUGGUUACGAGAUUCAAGCUCGCUAAUGUACGACCCUGCCCUUCAUCGUAUUCUUCACACACACAUGCACAAAUUGUUCCUUCAUCUUGUUGCCGAGUUUAAGCGAUUGGGAUCUAUCAUUGUAUUUGCUAAUUUUAAUAAAAUUGUUUUGUGUACUAAAAAGAGAAGAGUGGAGGAUGCUAUUGCUUAUGUUCAGUAUAUAGUAAACAGCAUUCGGGGUAAGGAACUAUUUCAUUCUAUUGAUAUAUCUUUUAAUCAGUGUUGGGAAUAUCUUAUGUGGCUGGAUCCAGCAAACCAUGGUGGCAUUAAGGGAAAACUACCCAAGGAUCUCUCUCAAACGGAAGGUAAAGAUCCUGAUGAAAAUAAAGAAUCUGAUGAUGAAGGUGAGGACCAAGAAAGGCAAAAGAACACAGAUAAUAGUGAGGAAACAGAGGAUGAGGAUGGUCCCGUUAUUGAAAUGAAUUGGAAUAUGGCUGAAUUCCUUCCCGAGUGGUGUGGUUGUCAAAGCAGCUUCAAUAAUGUUAUUGCCUCAUAUAUGAAUGCCGUCUAUGAAAAAUUGCAGGAAGAAAGUGGCCGAUUUACGCCAGGCAAUACACCCAUGAAACGUAAAGUGUCCAGCCAGAUCAGUCGAAAACCUGCAGAUGCUCUCCAAGGUUUUGAAGAGUUUGCCCAAGAUCUUGUGUCUGGAGAAUUGGCACAAAAACUGUUCUUUAUCACUCAGAAAAUUCAUAAAAAAGGAACAAGUGGAAGAGAGGAAGAGGAUGACUCGAGCUCUGUGAUUAUAUCUUCAGACUCGCACAGCAUUCCAGCACUGGAGUUUGUGAAGAGCAUUACUAAAGUUUUGUCCCUGGACUCGGCUGUUACAGAACAGGUUUGCAAACUUCGUAGGGACCUCUUGAAACUCUUGAAUAUUGGAGAAUUUUCUCCAGAGGCAGAGUGGAAAGACCCAUGUGUUUCCUAUGUGCUGCCAGAGGUCAUCUGCCGUUCCUGUAAUCACUGCCGUAACAUAGACCUCUGUAAAGACGCUCAUCAGUCUUUGGAGAAUGGAAUACAUGUAUGGCUUUGCCCUGUAUGCAACACAAACUAUGCUUCUGGUGAAAUACAGCAUCAGUUGAUUGAUCUUAUCCACACCAACUCCAUGGCACAUGUUCUACAGGACCUUCAGUGUGAUCGCUGCUCACAGGUGAAGCAGCCCAAUAUGGCCUUAUACUGUACGUGUGGAGGACUUUUCAAGACACUCCUGAAGCGUGAAGAGUUCAGUCAGAAAUUAAGAGUCUUCAGCAGAAUUGCAACUAUAUACAAUAUGCCAUUACUGAAGGAAACCAUUGAAUGGAUGAUAACAAAUAAUACUUGGAUUCAAACAUAGCAUUAAAGAAGUGUGCUUGAAGGCUGUACUGGAUACAAGUGUAAUUUUAAAGUGUUUUUGUAAAUUGUUUUAAUUUUUAAUCAGAAAUAGUGAGCAUCCAUAAAAUUUGAAAAUUGUUAAGUGAUAUUUUUCUUCAUAAUUUGGUUACCAUUUUAUUAUUUUGAAAGGCUGUAGAAGUUUUUUUUUUUUUUUAUUAUUGCUGGUGUACAAAAUUUGAAUGUAAAAGGUGUGACUGCAGGGUAAAUUGUUUCCUAAUUCUGAUUUUUAAAUUAUUAUAAAAUUAUAAUAUAAAA